AUUUCCAUGCAAAUGCAUAUUUUUUUUGAGAAAAUUUAGAAGCAAAGGAAUGAAACACAAGCACGAAUCAUUAAAUUUACUUUAAAAUGGCAUUUAAUCGUUAGUGCAUAUUUUUGCAUAUCUUAUGACAAAUGCAUAUUUAACUUUAAAUUGCAUAUUUUCAAUAAUAAAUGCAUAUUUUUGCAUAUUUUCCAAAAUCGCAAUCAUACAAAAAUGCAAUCGUGCCUUUAACUUAAUACUUUAAUCAAUUCCAGUGUGCAACUUCCACGACAGCUUUCGCCCAUAUUCCAGUAUUCCAUUUAACACAUGCAAACGAGUAAGUUUUAGUUGUGUAUAUACAUUUGCAUUCACAUAUACACUAACAAAUCGAAGUACCUAAUUCAAAUUUUUGUUUUUAAUUUUUUUUUCUGGGUGAGUAGGCUGAAACAGCUGUAAUUUUGUGGUCCUUCUAUAUUUUGAGUUUUAUUUGACAAAUCGUUCUUUUUUGUUCUAUUCUUAAGUUCCUGGAUUUUAAUUUAUGUAUGUACGUCGUCGAUGAUCUUUCGUUGAAAACAGAAUUUUUCUUUUGGAUCGUUUUAAAUUUAAGAUUUGGUUUUGAGUAGAAUUGAACAAUGCCAAAAGGAAAGACAUCUGUAAGUGCAGUUCUGAAAAAAUAUGUUUCGGACAACCCGCAAAUUUUCACAAGUGAUGGAAAAAUUCUUUUCUGCAAAAUUUGUAGCAAAGGUGUCUCCUAUGAUAAAAAGUUCCAAGUUGACCAACACCUUAAAUCUAUGAGACAUACAGAACUAUCAACACUUUCGAAUUCUACGAACUCGCAGCAACUCCUUUCGUUUCGAACUACACAAAAUAAUUUUAAUAUGGAUUUAUGUGAGGCAUUUGUUGCAGCUGAUAUUCCGUUAAGUAAACUCAAUAAUCCCAGUUUGAGAAAAUUUUUGUUUGAAUAUACCAAAGAAAUCGUGCCAGAUUCUUCAACAUUGCGUAAGAACUACAUUAAUAAAAUGUAUAUUUUACUAACGGAUAAAAUAAAAUCCGUCUUAAAAGACGAAUAUAUAUGGAUUUCAAUUGAUGAAACCACAGACAUUCAAGGACGUUUUGUGGCCAAUGUUGUUGCGGGUGUGCUAAGCCAAAACGAAGAUUUACGCAAAAAAGUAUUGCUAAAUGUUGUCGAGUUGGAGAAAACAAACCAUUCCACGAUUGCCCAAAUUUUUGACGAAACUGUCAAUUAUUUUGGCAUAAAAAAAAACAAAAUACUUCUGUUUUUAACUGAUGCCGCUCCAUACAUGAUAAAGGCCGCUCGAGGGUUAAAAAUUUUGUAUCCGAAAUUGAUUCACGUAACGUGUUUAGCGCAUGCACUACAUAGAGUGGCAGAACAGAUAAGAAGUAAUUUUAAAAAUGUAGAUCUUUUAAUCUCCAGUGGAAAAAAAAUAUUUUUAAAAGCACCAUCUCGAGUUGAGAAUUUCAAAACAAGGUAUCCCUUGACUCCUCUUCCUCCACAGCCAAUUGUCACCAGGUGGGGAACUUGGUUGGAAGCUGUAGCCUACUACGCCAAGAACUAUAAGGAAUUUGAAGAUAUUGUCAAUGGCCUUGAUGACUCGGAUGCCGUUGCCAUUAAAAAUACAAAAGAGGCAUUGAAGAAACCUUCUUUAAAGAGUGAAAUUAUUUUCAUAAAUUCGAACUAUACUUUCUUGUGCGAUGUAAUUAUACAGCUCGAGGGAAACAAUUCCUUAAAAAAACAAGUGGAUCUUAUUGAAACAGUUGUUUCUAAGAUUGGUGCAGUUGAAGGGUCUUUUGGUGUAGCGAUUAAAGAAAAACUGGAUAAUGUUUUGAAGAAAAAUGAAGGUUUUUUACAAAUGAAAAAUAUAUGCAGGGCAUUUUCUCUGAGUUGCGUCGAGGAAGAUUAUAUGGAGCACUUAACACCUCAAGAAAUAUGUUCCCUAAAGAAUGCCCCAUUGACAUCAGUUGACGUGGAGCGAUCGUUUUCGAUGUACAAAACAUUUCAGCGACCGAAUCGUCAAAGCUUCACUUUCGAAAAUUUGCGAAAAAACUUCAUGAUUUAUGCGAAUAAAGCAUACGAAAAUUGUGAAAAUUAGAUUUAGAUAAACAAUGAAUUCUGUUAUUAUUUUGUUAUUUUGAAUAUUUUGGUUUUGUUUUAAAUGAAAACUUUUAUUUUUCUAUUUUUAUUAAUAUAAUUUUGUGUUCCUUGAAUAAAGACUGAAUUUUUUUUAUAAAACCACAACACAAUGUUUUUUUUUCCAACGUAAUGGUUCACGAGGCAUAUUGUUUUAAAUGCAUAUUUAAAGUGCAUAUUUUACAUUCUUAAGAGCAUAUUUUAAGCGCAUAUUUUGCAUU